AUGUUUCAGCGCCUCACCAGCCUCUUCUUCAGCGACAGCAACACACCGGAAGGCCUGGAGGAGCCCAAACCCUUUGUCGAGGAGGAGGAGGAGGAGGAUGGCUGGCUCAUAAUUGAUCUUGCAGGUGAGAAAAGCAGGGGGUACUGCCGGCGUUCCUCCGGGGCGGCACGGCAUGGCUGCUUAGCGAGGCCGGACCCUGCAGCACCGGCGGCCGCCCCUCCACCGCCGCUGCCGGCCGCUUCCCCGGCUUCGGCCGGUCCCUGCUUGAUGGACGAGAGUUGGUUUGUCACCCCUCCCCCCUGUUUUACUGCAGAGGGGCCCAGCCCCGGUGGCGUGGGGAGCAACCCCAUGGAGGACCUGCUCAUCGAGCACCCCAGCAUGUCCGUCUACAUCACCAGCACCCUCGAGGUGGAUGGGGAGGGCCCCGAGGACGAUGCUGCCGGGGAGGUGCCAGAGCCCCGGCUGGAGCGGCACGUGCCACACCACAGCAGGUCCCUCUCGGUGAAGGCCGCCAUCUUGGAGAAGGUCGGGCAGGCACGGCGGGUGCAGCGGGCCAAGCAGCUGGCGGAGAAGCACCGGCUCAGCCAGAAGGCGCUGCAGCGGCAGAACCGGGCCCGCCAGCGCCCGCUGCGCCGGGCCAACCAGCAUGCCAGGACCUUCGUCCACCAGCCCUGCCAGCGCCACUGCAACUACUGA